AUGGCACCUCGUGGCUUUACCAACCCUGCCCCCAAAACUGAGUCUGCACGCUCUGCUUUGAGCUCCUUUACCUGUACACUCUGCAACAAAUCGUAUUCGCGGCAUCCCGAGUAUGAAGCACAUAUCUCUUCCUAUGACCAUCAACAUCGCAAACGCCUUCAAGAUCUCAAACAACUCUCCCGAGACCCAAACGCUGCGGAGAAGGCUAGGCGAGCGGAAAGGAGGGCCGAUGCAGAAGCUGGCCUAAGAGUCAUUGAUACCAAAUCUGGCACAGCAGUGGGAACCGGGGGCGGGGGUGGUGGAGGUUUCAAGAAAGGGGGAUUUAAAAGCUCCUUUACGACUGUCAAAGGUCCUGUUGCUCCGACAGCGCCAACGAAGAAGAACGUACUCGGGGAUGAUGACGAAGAUGAAAUGCCAGAAACAACCUAUAGGAGCCAACAUGCUCAGGCUAUACAAGACUCAAGUGCUCAGCCUGAUUAUGCAGAAAGUGACACAGAUGCUGAAUACGCGAGUGACGCUAUGGGCAGUGCCUACUAUGAUCCCCUUAAGCCGACGGGCUGCUUCUCUGGUUGUGCCAGCACUAGACAUAUACCCAUAGGGGCUGCUGUGGUCAAAGGGUAG